AUGGCUUGUGUCAACCUGCUGACCCUCUGGAUGAGCAGUCCCAGGGCACAGAUGCCAAUCAGGAGCCUUGGGAAGUUAUUCGUUGAUUUUGGGGUUUGUGGACCAAUAGAGGUUUUGGGGUUUAAGACUCAUGGUUACAAAUGCUGGUUACACUCAUGGGAUUUUGUACAGAACAGCAAUGGUAUUGUUCACCGUAAGACAAAAGUAGAUCAGUUCCUCCAGGGAAUGGCUUCUAGUGACCUGAGGAAAGAGCUGACCUGCUCCAUUUGCCUGAACAUUUAUACAGAUCCUGUAUUCCUGAGAUGUGGACACAACUUCUGCUGCUCGUGUAUUGUUCUGUUGCUGGAUACACAGGACGGCUCUGGAGGUUACUUCUGUCCUGACUGCAGAGCAGAAUAUCCAGAGCGUCCGGUCCUGGAGAAGAACAUGAAGCUGGAGCACAGGGAGCACCGGGUUGAACUUCUAGAUGAGGCUUCUGAGAAGGAGAAGGAGAAACUGAGAAAACAUCUGAAUGCACUAAACCCACAAAAAGCAGAAAUUCAGACAAGAGUCCAGAAUCUGCGGGAACAUAAAAGGAAUAUCCGGGAGAAAGCCUCUGAUGAAAGGAAAAAUGUCCGUAAUAUAUUUAUGGACAUAAAGGAGCAACUGGAAGUAGCUGAAAAGAAAGUGCUGAGCGAGAUCUCCAGACAGGAGGAGAAGAUUGUGUUCCGGAUAUCUGAUCUGAUUAGAAAGCUGGAAAUAAAGAAGGACGAGCUGUCCAGGAAGGUGCGUCACCUGGAGGAGAUGUGUAAUGUCACUGACCCUAUAAGACUCCUACAAGAAAGUGACAUCACAGUUUAUGGCCAUGGAGAUGGUGAGGACACAGAGGACGAUGAUGGAAAGAUCAAGUCUGAGGAUUAUCUGGAUGAGGUUCUGAUCUCACUGACCAUAUACCGAUCCAUGAGGGAUAUUAUCACCAAUGUAACAUCACAGCUCGGGUACCAUGUUCCAGACAUAUUACUGGAUGAGGACACUGCUCAUAGAUAUGUGAUGUUAUCAGAAGAUCUUAAAACCGCACAAUCAGAAAAGAUAGAGGACAGACCAGAAUUAGAAGGAAGCUUUUUGACUUACCCUCAAGUGUUAAGCAGAUGUGGCCUCUCCUCAGAAAGACAUUACUGGGAGGUAAAAUCCACCCAAAUAAAAAAGUGUGGCAUCGGAAUGGCCUAUCCCAGUAUAAAAAAGAAAGGACGACCAUCUUGUAUUUUAAACAAUGAUAAAGCAUGGUGUUUAUUUAUGAAUGAUACAAUAUGUACAGCGUUACACAACACAGUCAAGGUAGCAUUCCAUUUAAAGUCACCAUAUCCAACACUUGGAGUCUUCUUAGACUAUGAUGCCGGGCGUCUGUCCUUCUAUGAGCUGUGUGACCCCAUCAGACACUUACACACCUUUACCGCCUCCUUCACUGAACCCCUACAUGCUGCCUUAGUCAUCUAUGAUGAAGCGUCUCUUACAAUAAGAAGCUGA